AAUGAUUCCAUCAUCUUCCUCGUCAAAUGCAUUGGGCACUGGCACACCACUGCCAGUAUCAUCCAAUCACCUUUAUACAUCUAAUAGUGGAAAGUCAUUCGAGGAAAUAAUGGCUGAACAGAUGAGCACACAACAGAUCGAAUUGGAUAGAUUGGAAAAUACAAAAGAUGAAAAGUUGAAGAGUACACUUCCCGAAGAGACAAGAAAUAGAAUUGGUGUAUUACCUCCACCAAAGAAUCCACAACAAUUACCAGUUGCUUGUGGCCGUCCAAAGAUUGAUUAUUCUAAAUUGGGUGUUGAUGAUUUUCAAAAAUUAAAGUUAAUUGGAAAAGGUGAUGUUGGAAGAGUUUAUUUAGUGUUACUGAAAGGAACAGAUCUUUAUUUUGCAAUGAAAAUACUGAACAAGGAGGAAAUGAUAAGUAGAAACAAAGUGAAACGAGUCUUGACAGAGAGAGAAAUAUUAGCAACGGUUGACCACCCUUUUAUUACAACACUAUUUUGUUCUUUCCAAACAAAAGAGAAUUUAUAUUUCAUUUUGGAAUAUUGUGCAGGAGGAGAGUUUUUCAAAGUUUUGAAAAAGCAGCCAAACAAAUGUUUGCCUGAACCAACAGUUCGAUUUUAUGCAGCUGAAGUUGUAUUGGCAUUGGAAUAUUUGCAUAUGAAGGGAUUUCUUUAUAGAGAUCUCAAACCAGAAAAUUUACUUCUUCACCAUUCUGGUCAUAUUCGAUUGACCGAUUUUGAUUUAUCAAAACAAUCAGUUCAACAAGUUACACCAACUCUUGUAAAGUCCUUCUUUUCCUCCCAGAAACAAAGUAUUGUCGAAUUGAAACAGAUACAGGAAUUUGAUUCAUUUAUUGGUACCGAGGAAUAUCUCUCUCCAGAAAUUUUGUCAGGCAAAAAGCAUAAUUCUUGUGUUGAUUUUUGGACAUUGGGUAUUCUAUUAUAUGAGAUGCUAUUUGGUUUUACACCAUUUAAGGGGUCAACCCAGAGAGAAACAUUCUUUAAUAUUUUGAAUAAUCCAGUCACUUUUCCAUCUAAAACAGCAUAUCCUGUGAGUAAACAGGCCAAAGACUUGAUGACACAAUUACUGAUAACAGAUAAAGAUAAAAGAUUGGGAGCUCAGCAUGGUAUUUCAGAUAUCAAAACCCAUGCAUUCUUUAAGGAUAUCAGUUGGGCUCUUAUUAGAAAUGAAGUUCCUCCAAUCAUUCCUAAAUUGCAAUCCAAACUGGAUACCUCCUAUUUUAAUCAAUAUAAAAUGCCAGAGGACCAAGAUGAAGAAGAGGAAAAGACUGGUCAAGAAAAUGAGGAAGAGGCUGCAGACAAUCCAUUUAAGAACUUUAAAUUCCAAACUAAGAAGGAUAUUGAAAUAUUUAAUGGAGGCACAACCAAUAAUAGUAAAUAGUUUUC